AUGCAAGAACUCGUCAGAUUAAGACAACAGCAACAAUCCACUGAUAACAACCUUCAAAGGAUGGUUCAGCGUCUCCAGGGCAUGGAGAAUCGGCAACAACAGCUAAUGUCAUUCCUUGCAAAGGCAGUACAAAGCCCUCAUUUUCUAUCUCAGUUCUUACAGCAGCAAAACCAGCAAAGCGAGAGUAGUAGGCGAAUCAGUGAUACCAGCAAGAAGCGGAGAUUCAAGCGAGAUGGCAUUGUCAGUAGUAAGGAUUCUGCUUCUCCUGAUGGACAGAUAGUGAAAUAUCAACCUCCAAUGCACGAGCAAGCAAAGGCGAUGCUCAAAAAGCUUAUGAAGAUGGAACCUUACAAAACCGGAGAUGAUGGUUUCCAUCUAGGUGACGGUACCUCUACUACGACAGAGAUGGAGAUAUCAUCAAACAACGUAUCCGGUAUAACUCUUCAGGAAAUGCCAACAGCUUCUGAUAUACAAUCAUCAUCACUAACUGGAGCUACUCCUGAAAAUGUUACGGUAGCUGAGUCUCCAACACCUGAGGAAGCAAUUCCUUCACCUGAUGUUCUAUCUCUACCCGAAUUUGCUUCUAUACUACCAAAGAAGACCACUGAGAUGCCUUCAGGGAAUUUCAUGGAACCAAACAUGGAAGAUUUUAGUUAUUUCCUAGAUUCAGAUCUGUUCAUCGAUGGUGAUUUUCCCUUUGACAUUGACGAUAUUCCGAGCGAUCCUGAUUUAGAACCUUCAGUUGAUAAAUACGCUUCACUCCUUGAAGACAUUCUCAUGUCAAGCCCUCUUCCAGAUGAUAUGGAUGUAACACCUGUGGAUCUGAGACACAGACAAUGA